GGAUAUUUCCCUUAAAAUGUCUUAGUUCCUGUUCAGUUUGCAAACUUUCCAUUCACGGCUUCCCACUUCGGAACAGCAGCCACAGUGAUGAGUGACUCCAAGAAACGUCAAAAAUUAUUCCAUACCAAAGCAAGGGACCCGGCCAACUCCUACUUCAGAUAAGAGCCAUGCUCCAUUAUCUCAUCGUGUUACUGGCAGUGGUGAAGCAAGGCACCCCAAGCUACCGCCCCCUAGAGGAAUCUCCUUGUGCAACGACAAAGAUGGUAGCAUCAUGCCAGAACAGGUCCCUGUCUCAGGUCCCAGUGGAGCUUCAACUAGGCAUUCGGUCUCUCAACCUUUCAAGGAACAACUUGAAGAACAUCACUAAAAACCCAUUGUCCUUUUAUUCCUUUCUGGAGAUCCUGGACCUUAGCAGCAACAAAAUAAGUUUUAUUGAACCUCACACAUUCACAAACAUGAUCCACCUGAAGGAAAUCAAUCUUUCUGACAACAACUUGGACAAGAUUGACUACUCCAAGUCACCAGGAAUAGGAUUUUUACCAAACGUGCAAAAGUUGGACCUGUCAGGAAAUAGCUUGUACACAGACAUGACUUGGUAUUUUUUACAAAAUGCCCCUCACCUUCACUACCUUUCUUUAGUAGGUAACAGCAUCAUAAUGAUUAACCCAGAAACCUUUCCAGGAACCCCUCUUUUGUCAGAAGUAGACCUUCGCAACAAUAUUAUUAUGGACAUCGAGGAGGGCUCUUUUGACCACCUUGUGCAUCUCAGGAGAAUUCAUCUGGCCAUGAAUUCCAUCACUUGCAUAUCCAGAUUUAACCUUCGCCAGCUUGAAAGCCUCAACCUCAGUAAAAAUAGUAUUCAGACAUUCCACACAUCGGAUUCAGAAGAAGAAUACCAUCUCAAACAUGUUGACCUAAGUGACAACAAACUUGUACAUUUUCCUAUUUUGCCAACUGUUAACAAUCUCAUUACGUUAAAUUUAUCGAUGAAUCUUAUAAGUUUUGAUGAAAACACAUCUCAUGUUGAACUUGCUUGGUUGGAAGAAGAAGAAGGAUCAAGGAACACUACUAUGGUUAAUCUGCUCACACUUACCCAUUUAGACUUGAGUUACAAUAAUAUAAAAUCCAUACCAGAAGAUUUCUUUAGCAGUAUGCCAAUGCUUAAAUUCUUAAACCUGUCCCAGAACUGCAUGGAAUAUUUUACAUUUGGACACACAGUUACAUUGAACUUUUUGGAAGAACUUGACUUAAGUGGCAACUCCUUACAGAAUAUGUCACUCGCUGCACUCUCUCUACCUAAUUUAAAAAUACUUUAUCUACAAAAUAACAAACUGCACUUCACUGAAUCUAGAACCUUCCAGGGACUGCCCAACAUUGCCUUUAUUAAUCUUCAAAACAACAACGUUGAGUUGUGUGGUCUCACCAUGGAAAUGCCCACACAAAAUAUGGAGAAAGGGCAGUGCAUAUCAUUUUUCAACAUAUCAUCUCUGCAACACUUAAACCUCAGAGAGAACAUGUUACAAGUCAUACCGGAACGUGCAUUUUAUGGCACGUCAUUGACUUUCCUAGAUGUCUCCAGAAACCUUGGCCUUUUCAUAGCGAAAGAUGCUUUGAAGGGGUUAGAAAAUUCUCUAGAAGUUCUACACUUAGAAGACAAUGCUAUUUUUAAUUUGAACAUUGACCUUCCUCUUCUAGUCCAAUUAAGAUAUUUGAACUUGUCAGGAAACCAUUUAACAUGGUUGCCUACGUGGAAGAGAAAUUGUCAAUUAGAAACACUUGAUCUGAGCAACAACAGCUUCAGCAAUCUAAAAGACAGCAAUAUUCCUGUGUUGGAGAACACAUUACGGAUUCUUUCUUUGACUGGCAAUCCGUUAGGUUGCUGUGAAAAUGGUUGGAUCAUCCACAUGGUCCGAAAAAACACAGUAACUAUCACGGCUCUUGAUGCCACAACGUGCCAUAACUCUAAUGGCCAGAAGGAGGAGAUAAAGCUGGAGCAGAAAAGUUUGGAAAACUGUGAUAAAGAAGAUGUAAAAAAUACAAAUACAGUAAUAAUUUUAACAGUGGUGUUGGUUUCAUUGGUGACUGUAGUCGGCAUCGGAUCUUUGGCUUGUUACUGUAGGCAAAAACUUAAACAGCAAUUUAAGGCUUAGCAUGAAGGAUUUUUUAUCUGUUUUAGUUUUUCUCACUCUGUUGGACUUACAACAUGCAUAAGAAAAUGAACCAACAGGACUUAAAUGAACCAACCGUUUUAAAAUCAACAGUUUACUCUUUAUUUUUCAUUUAUACACACUUAUAAAAGAAAUCUAUUUCAAAUCUAAUUUUCAUCAAUGUUGGUGAGACUAAUCAUGAUGAGGCAAAAAGGGUAUUCUUGGACGCCUUUUACUUUAUUUUGUACUUCCUAUGGCAGGUAACAAUAUAAAGGAAACAUUUUUUGAAGAAAAACAUUUUUAAAAUGUUCUUUUAAAUUCCUAAAAUUUUGGACCAAGGGCUAAUCUUUAUGUGUGUUAAAGCUAUACAAAACAAUGAACCUGGCUCGUAAGCCAAUUGUAAGCCAAUCUAGAACUUUUUAAGAUCUAUUAAAAAAAAAAUCCAGUUUCUGCAUAAAGGACCUAAAUGGAAUUUCACAUA